AAGCGUCAUCUCGCAUGCCGGACGCCCAACUCCGCUUUUUAUUUUGUGUUUUAUUAUAUUCCGUCUACUAAGUUUCUCCGCCAUCCUUCACUUUUGUGUGUGUGCAGUUUGCGGUUCAUCUCGCUCGCCAUCUGGUGGGCGCCUAUGGCGAUUUCAUUGCAUCCCUAUUCUCUUUUUUUUCCGGCUCUCAUGUUGUGUGUACUAUUGCACAUUAGAUUGUCUUAGUACUAUUGUGUGUGUGUGCCUGCCUUAUAUAUGCAUCCAUCUGGGUGGGGUUGGGUGGGGAAAAAGAAAAGGGGGGUUAGAGGAAGAGAGAGAGGUGGCACGGGACGGAGGAGUUGCUUGUCCUUCUCUCGGAUCGAUUUCUCACGACAGGCUGUUUCCAGUGUAGAGUGUAGACUUAGUGUCAGGUGACACACCCACCCAGUGUGUGUGUCUGUGUGUGUGUGUUGUCCGUCUUUUACUCUCUCUCUCUCUUGCAUCCAUCCAUCCAUCCAUCUCUACACUUUGCCAUGCAUUGUGUGUGUCUGUCUGUGUGUGUGUGCGUGUGUGUACGGGAGCGAUAUGUUGUGUCCUAGAUGGUCCUAGAGACAUCUUGUGGAAAUUGGCACCCACCCCACCCUCCCCUAGCGGGUGGAGAGAGUGGGGGAGGGGGUCAGUCCCGUUGCGCUCCCCUCCACCCGAAGUUGCGCGCGCAAUUUGAAUCAAACGUUUGGGAGGGGGGUUUUGCGCGUCGCUUUUAUAUAUACUAGAUAUAUAUAUAUUUUCUUGGGGUGCCACCCAGUCGACACGUUGGCCGGCGCAUGCGUGAAUUUGUCGCUUCAGAUUUUUUUUUCUUUUUCUUUUUUUUUUUACUUCCCCUCCCUCCCCCCACCCUACCCUGUAUACUGUGGAUAGGGGGGUGGGGUAGGGUGGAAGAAGGAGGGAAGCGAAUUUUGCAGCGGGGUUGGUUUGGGGGUUGACUUCCGAGACGGGCCAGACGGGAUCGUUCGGUCGUCCUGGCUCGUUCACAGCUCCGCGAGCUCUCCCCCAAGUUGUGCCACACGAAGCGAAAAACCGACAAUUUCUUGGUUUUUGUUUUACUAUUUACGAACGAUUUUUGGAUUCCGCUUUUUUGAUUCAUCGUCUCCCCCCAUCGCCCGUUCUAUUUUUUUAACUUCAAAACAUAUUCCGCAGUGUGUGUCCUAUACGGGAAAAUUAAUUUUGUUUCCCCCCCAAAAAAAAAGUCACACGCGAAAAAAAAGACAAGAACAGACAAAGUGAAAAGGAGAGACAAGUCGCAUUGUUCCGCAUUUUCUGUUGGUAAUCAGGAGCCGCUUUGUUCGCCCGCCUCCUCUACUCUCUUGUUGUGUCGCCUACGGCAGUGAUCGCCCGUCCGCCGAUGAUUAUCCAAUUCACAUUGUUUUCAAUAGGCGACCCGUUUCGCCGCUAAAGCCUCUCCCCCCGCUCUCCACCCCAUUGCCAGACAUCUGAAUCCAAAGCAGAAAAGAAAAGAAAAACUGAAGAAGAAGAAACGAGACUGUCUGUUGUUUGGCUUCGCUCGUUUGACGAUUUUUUCGCUACGACCUUGUCGUCGUCGGUCCGUCUUGCGUCCGUCCGUCCGUCAGGUCCGUUUGUGUGUUAUCUUUCUGGUGGGGGUUUGUCCCGUUCUGGAACCGAAUCAGACGGGAAAACGGAGUCGUUUGACUAUCUCCAGCCUCUCCGGCAAAGCCCCUGGCUGUGGCUCCCGUCAGUGCAAGCCGGGCAGAGCGACUACACGUACUCGGCCGUCCCGCUGCACCACCCGCACCAUCAGCACCAUCAGCACCAGUCGUCGCCGUUGAGUUCGCAGCCGGCCAAGAGACGGAAAACGUCUUCGUCGUCGACGGUUGUCGGGACGAGUCUCGCCGGAUCAGGAUCAGUCGGAUCAGCCACGAGCGGUGCGUCGAACUCGACGGCCAGGGCGAGUUUUGAAGCUACUGAACUGUCCGUCUGCCUACCGGCCUCCGCUGCUGCGGCUGCAGCGGCGGCUGCCUGCCAACAGUUCACGACGGAUCCCCUCGCCGCCGAAGACUUGCUCCUCAGCUGGUACUCGCUCUACCAGCCGCGGCCCAAUCCCAGCUCUGCGGCGGCAGCCGCCCACCACCAGGCGGCCACGGCGGCCGCAGCCGCUGCCGCAGCCGCCGCUUCGGCUCCCGCCGGCUCGAUGCUGGCCGCUAUGUCGACUCUGAUGAUGCCGGCCGCCGCCAUGACGCUGGCCGGCCAUCACAAUCUCCAUCAUCACCAUCCGGGGGCCGCGGCCGCUCUGGCCGGCGCCCUACAGCACCAGCACCAACACCAGCCGCAUCACCACCAUCCGCAUCACCACCACCACCACCACCAUCACCAGCAGCAGCAACAACAGCAACACCAACAACAUCAGCAGCAGCAGCAGCAUCAGCACCAGCCCAAGCCGGCCGACUUGCUGAGCAUUUCGGCGGCCGCGGCGGCCGCCGCCGCCUCGUCUGGAUCUCACCCGGCCGGAGCCGCUCUGCCCAUGGCCCACUUGGCUCUCAAGACGGCCAGCGUCAACGGGCACGGCGGGAGCGGCAGCAGCAGCAGCAGCGCCAGCAGCGGCGGAGGAAGCGCCGGAAGCGGGACGGCCAACGGCCAUUGUCAGAACAGCAACGAACAUUUCCACAUUUUCGUGGGGGACCUGAGCCCGGAAAUCGAGACGCACACGCUCCGCGACGCCUUCGCCGCUUUCGGAGAGAUCUCAGACUGCCGUGUGGUGCGAGACCCCCAGACGCUCAAAUCCAAAGGCUACGGAUUCGUUUCAUUCGUCAAGAAGUCGGACGCUGAGAACGCCAUCGCCGGAAUGAACGGACAGUGGCUCGGCACUAGGGCCAUCCGCACCAACUGGGCCACCCGUAAACCACCGGCCCCGAAAGAUGGCGCGUUUUUCUCAGCCGGAUCCAAACCCAUGUCGUACGAGGAAGUCUUUGGCCAGUCAUCCUCCACCAACUGCACCGUCUACUGCGGCAAUUUGGCCCAGGGAUCGACCGAGGAGGCCCUGCAGAAGAUUUUCGGACCCUACGGUCAGAUCCAGGAGAUCCGGGUCUUCAAGGACAAGGGAUACGCCUUUAUCAGAUUCGCGUCGAAAGAGUCGGCCACGCAAGCCAUCGUCUCGGUCCACAAUACCGACCUCAACGGUCAAAAUGUCAAAUGCUCCUGGGGUAAGGAGCCCGGAGAGCCGGGUAGCGCUAACAAUGCCCAGCUGAUGACAGGCGGAUUGGGACCGACCAACACGCAGUACCCGUACGGCUACAACCAGGGCAUGAGCUACUGGUACCCGGGCGGGUACCCGCCGCAGAUGCAGUCGCAGUUUGUGCAAGGGAUGCAGGGCUAUGCGGCCUACGGCCAGUUUGCCGGCUACCAGCCCGGCAUGGGCAUGCAGCUGCCGGGCGGCUGGCAGAGCGUUCAGGCUCAGGCCGGAGCUGGCCAGCAGAUGGCAGCGGCCGCCGCCGCUGCCGCCGCCGCCUCCCAGCAGGGCGGUAUGGUGGCCUCCUACCCCAUUCAGCAAUUCCAGGAUUCCAAUUUCAUUUAGGAUCAGUGAUGAGGAUGAUGACACAGCUUGAUCAUGACGACGAGGCACUUGGCGCGAAACGACAGAGAAACUGAUGACACGGGGGAAAAAACAGAAUCAGAGAAAAAAUCAGAGACAGAAAAAGUUUAUAUUGUGUGCGAGCCGUCAGCGGGAGAAAGAAAAACUAACUAAACAAAACAAAAAUCAUUAAAACAAUUCGUCGAGUAUUGAGGACUGGAAAGAAAAACAAAAUCAACACGCGGGAGAAAUUACGAGAGGAAAAACAAAAAAAAACAAUUCUUUAAAUCAAUUACAAGAAAUGGCAAUUUUUGGAAGCAGACGAAGGAUGGAGGAGGAACUGCAGAGAAGCCGGUCGCAACGAAAAAGAAAAAAAAAAUUGAGAAGUCAAAAAGUGAAAUGCGAAACACAAAAAAAAAUUAAUUAAUAAUUCAAAAAUAAAAUUUACAAAAUGUGGUGAUGACUAAAAAAAACAAAAACAAUACUGUGGUGGUGCUGCUGCUGUUGUUGUUGGUGUUGCGGCGGCGCUUUUGAUUGCAAAAGAAAAAUAAUAGUUAACAAAAAAAAAAUCAAAUACAAAAAAUUACGAGAAACAUACCAACACGACGGGAGACAGGCAAAGAAAUGUUGGUGACUAAAAAAUUAGGGUUAUGUCUAAAUUUGUCGAUCAUUUUUUUUUUCUCUUCACGAAAGACGGUCGUUGAGUGGCGAAGAAAUUUAACGAGCUGAGAGGGAACGGGGGGGGGGGAUCAAAUGAGUUUAUACAGAUGCGCGCAUUUUCAUCUCACGUUUUUCAUUUCAUUCACACACGUUUCAUUCACCCCCCCCCCCCACUCCUUCCCCCUACAACCAUCUCAUUUCGACACACUGAUACACACCCCACACACUUCAUACACACCCACACACACACAAUCGCCAUUUGACACAGACGAGGAGGAGGUGAAAGAAGAAAAGAAAAAAAAGGGAAUUUGACCUAAACGAGCAAAUGAAGAAUAAAAUUUCCUUCUUUAUUUUGUUCGCACACAAUUUCUUUUUCUUUUUUUUUUAAUUAUUUGUUUCGAAAUCAUGAUUAUUUGCGUAUAAAACAAAAAAAUUGAAGAGGAGUUGCAGUUUGAGGUGAGACAAAAUACAUGAGUUCGCAAAUUAA